AUGUCUCUUGAAACGAUCACCACCAUAUCCCCAGUUACUAACAAGCCAAUCCUGACCAGAAAUGGGCUCUCGGCCUCGGAUCUCGAGCUGCUUCCGCAAGUGGCAACCGAGGCGUUCCUGAGCUUCAGCAAGACCACCCUCGCGGAGAGGCAGGCAAUUGUUAAGAAGGCUCUCGAACUCUUGGGCGACAGGCAAGAUGAGUUGGCAAAGGAGCUUACGGAGCAAAUGGGACGACCAAUUGCAUAUACUGCCAAGGAAGUGUCGACUGCCGUGAAGAGAGGAGAAUAUCUCUUAAAGAUCAGUGAAGACACUCUGAAGGACACAGAGGGCGAAGCAGAGAAGGGCUUCAAGAGAUUCAUCAGAAAAGUUCCCGUUGGCCCUUACCCAUAUCUAAUUCUGGUCAACUCCCUCAUACCUGCUCUCCUUGCUGGAAAUUCUGUCAUCCUCAAGCCUUCGCCACAAACUCCGACCAUCGUCGAGCAUAUAUCCUCCAUAUUCUCAGAAGCUGGCCUGCCUUCAAAUGUUAUACAGUACUUCCACUGCGGAUCUCCCACAACAAUCGAGACAAUCGUCAGAGACCCCAAGAUUGCCUUGAUCUGCUUCACCGGAUCAGUAGCAGGUGGUAUUGCCGUCCAGAAAGCCGCGGCAGACCGCGUUGUAAACGUUGGCCUGGAGCUUGGGGGUAAGGAUCCUGCAUACAUCAGGUCUGAUGUGGAUGUUGCGUGGGCGGCCGAAGAAAUUGUCGAUGGUGCAAUCUUCAACUCGGGCCAAAGUUGCUGCAGUUUGGAGCGUAUCUAUGUCGAUGAAAAAAUCCAUGACGAGUUCGUCGAAGCUGUCCAGAAGGUUCUUGAGGGGUACAAACUCGGCGAUCCCUUCGACAAGGAGACUCAUGUCGGACCUGUGGUCUCAAAACGAUCAAAGGACGCAAUCGAAGCCCAUAUUAAGGAUGCACUGGACAAGGGUGCGAAGGAUGCUACUCCGGAAAAUGAGUCGUUCUCAUCUACCCCGCCUGAGGGUAACUACGUCAAGCCAACGCUCUUGACGAACGUUACUCACGAUAUGAUCGUUAUGACCGAAGAGACAUUUGGUCCUGUGAUUCCAGUUAUGAAGGUGAAGAGCGAAUCAGAGGCUAUCAAGUUGAUGAACGACAGUGAUUUUGGUCUCACCGCCUCUAUAUGGACCAAAGAUACCGACAAGGGGGCUGAAUUAGCGGAGGAAGUUGAUGCAGGGACUGUCUUCGUCAACAGAUGCGAUUAUCCAAGCCCGGAUCUGGCUUGGACAGGCUGGAAAAACUCUGGAAAGGGUGUUACGCUGAGCAAGUUUGGUUUCGACCAAUUUGUCAAGCUGAAGAGUUUCCACGUCAAAACCUACCCAAAGUAG